UCAAAAAAAUUCACCGUUACCGCACAAUGUGAAAUUAUUGUUAUUUUUUAUAAAAAUAUUUACAUACCUUUCGAAGAAGUGAAAAUUCGCAGCGACGGUAUGCUUCAGGCCAUGUAGCGAAGUCUCCUUGCAGAAGAUUGCAUACACCUCAUAUACAUUCGAUAUGGCUACUUUAAUCGACUGUAUAAUCAAUUUCUUGCGAGUAAGGCAGCUCAAUAUUGCGAUAGCGGCACUUUUGACGAUCGGCUACUUUGUGUAUCAAUAUCGAAAAGUUAUUUUCAAGCUUGAAGACGACGACGGCCUCCGACGGAGGUGCUCUAGAACAAUCUCAAGAUCGCGAUCCAAAUCUCGCUCAAGAUCCAGAUCAAACUACAAAUUGGCGGAUAUGAAACGGAGAGGCAGGAAGCCUACACGACGCUGCCCGGACUGCAGCCUCUGUAACUAUGACGAAUAGUCUUGGUCGCACACAAAAGACAAUACCUUAAUCUAGAUGCAUUGUUGUUUGAUAUCAAAAUUAUAUAUUUCUAUUUAUUAUUGUCCGAAUAAACAUUUCACUAAGCAUUUGUUUAUUUCAAAUUGUAAAGUAAUGAAUUAAAAAUAUUGUAAAGAAAAAAACAUAGAUUUUUCUUUUUUUAAUUAAAUCUCGAAAAUGUGUGCA